AUGGGGGAGAAAAGUCCUCGAAAAACAACGACGGCCACUGGUAAGCGGCCGUCGCAUGUACAAAAAUUGAAAACUCGCACUGUGGGCGGAAAAUCAGCUCCAAUAUUGUCAAGAAGUGGGUCGCGGGCACAGCGGCCGCGGCGAUUUAGUUUGAUAUACUCGUCGGAUUCCUCGCUAAGUGCAGUAUCAGAUCUCGAAAAUAGUCGCAAAGUGAGCUUUAAGAACCCCAGUUUAGGUAAGAAGGCCAAACGCGGGGUAAAUAACGAACUGGGUAAGCGCAGCAGACUGAUACCGGAAGAAGCAGUGGGUUCAGAAUCAUCUGACGUCUUUUCUAGUGAUAGUGAUGGGGUCGCCGACGGCAAAGACGGUGGUGACGACGACGACGACGACGGAUCCGACGGGUAUUCGAGUUCUUCAAGUUCAGAUGAUGACGUCGAUUUUGUCAAACUCAGUGCAGAGCGUAAGAAGAAGGCGAUGCAAGCUAUGAGUGCACUCAAACGUGGAAAGAUGCCCAAAAAAGGUGAAGUCAUUGCCAAUGCCAAAGAGAAGAGAAGUCAGCCAUCAUCCGGUGACGAUGAUGCCGACGCCGACGCAUUGUCAUUCAGUUUCAAAAACGACGAUGGAAUCAAAUUCAGUGGGAACACGCGGGAGGAGGACUCGGACAGCGAGGAUUUAGGUGAAGAAGUCAACGACGGAUCCUCACAGGCAACCAAAUCAAUCGGUGCUAAAAAAUCUUAUCCACUCGAUCAACUUAAUGUUCCUCAAAUAUCCGAAAGCGAAGAUUCCGACUAUGAAAUAGAUCGUGAUCUUUACCUCAAGAGCAUACAAUCAGACCACGGGGACACCACGGGUCUUGAAAACGGGUUUGAUACCGGAGAUGACGACCGUCCCAUGUUAGACGAAGAAGAACAGAAUAUUGUUAUGGAACUUGAAAACGACGAUAGUCUUUCGUUCAAUGGAAGUAUACAUGAAGAAGGAGAAGACCCCGUUGAAAAUGGAAAUGCGUCCGAUCAUACCGGGGAAGAGGUGAUGCAAUCGACUGUACGUCGUGUUGACGAUAAAGCAGAAGAUGACGAGGAUGAAAUUAUGAGUGACUUCGAUGCUCCUUUCUACGAAGACCCCAAAUUCGCGAACCUGUAUUAUUGCGCCGGCAGUGACCAACCACUUUCGCUAAGCACUUCACUUCCAUUGAUACUAAAUGAUGAGAAAAGGAAAAAAUUCGACAAGAAGCAGAAUAAGAGACGUGAGUGGGAAGAGCUUCGCAGAAGGCGCAAACAGUUGCGAGAGCUUGCCAGGAACAAACAGAAGUCUAAGUCUACUCCGGAUCCUGAUGCUGACGAUUACUUGUUCGGUGUUUUUUUCCAUAGUGAUUCCGAACACGAAAAGAAAACUGCUCUGGAGUCCCCACUUCGCCGCUUAAGCUCAGCGGCUGUCUCAGACGAUGAAUAUUCUAGUGAAGAUGAUUACGAAGACAUUUUACUGGACAUUGCGCAUAUGCCCACGGACGACGAAAGUUUAAAUGGAAUCGAAGACAGCUUGGAUUUUGACGGAGAAGAUGACGAUGAUGACGAUGUAAGCGUCUCGAACGUUUUCAUUGACAUUGACGAUUUGGAUCCAGAUGCAUUUUACUUUCAAUACGAGACUUCUGAAGAUAGCAUAGACGAAGACGAGCAUACAAAAGAUUACAAACUCAGCAAGACUGAGACCCAGGGUCCAAAUAACAAAGAAAAUCAAGAAACAAUAGCAUACGUCGAUAACGAAUCCACCGAUGAAGACGAGACUUUGCCCCCACCCAACACAAGAAACAGGAAAAUAGGAUCGAAGGCCAAGGAGGUGGUGAGUGCAAAUGUAGUAGGUUUGAAACCACCAAAAUUGGGCACAUGGCAUACUGAUGACAAGCCAUUUAGUAUUAUUGAUGGCCUCUCCACAAAAUCGCUAUAUCCAUUGAUAGACGAGCAGCGACUCUUUGAGCAACAACAAGCGCAACUUCAGCAACAGCUGUCUGCUGGGGAAUUAAGCGGAACCGGCGAAAAAGAAGAGCUAACGUUAAAUGAGCUUCUUAACAUGAGCGAGCUUGAGGAUGAAGAAGGUAACGGUGUUGCGUGCGGUAAUGCUCAGGCCAUAUCCGGCUGGUACGAAAAGCCUAAGGUACCUCUUUCCGCGUUCAGAAAUAAAGGUAUUGAUGCCAUGCAGGAGGAAGAGUUCAUGCUUCCUAAUCUUUCGGCGCGGAAAUUCCCCAUUGGAUAUGUGGGUAGCGAGCGGACUAGAAGGAAGAUUGAUAGAAUGAAGGAAUUGCAGAAAAGAAAUGAAGAGAAGCGGAAAGUAAAGAGGAAGAAGAAGCUGUUCAAGCUCAAGAGAGAGAGAGCAAGGCUAGAUAAAGAACGCUCACUGUUGAGCGAUGGAGUUGAUGACGUCAGUCAAGACCAAGUCAGCAAACGCGAUGACGAGCAACACCACCACAUCCUUCCAGCCGAAGUGGGUGAGGGUAUCACCGAAUUGGACUCUCAUGAUGGCAUUGUGCUACCCAGGAAGGGUUCCAUAAAGGGAUUGGACCUUAACGAUAUCAACAAUAUCUUAGCCAGCGGCGAUACAGAUUGGCUACCACAAGAUUCCAGUGUUGAGUUUUUGGCUCACGGGGAUGCUGAUAUUCUAGCCUCACUGGCCGCUCCAGUAAGCGUCGGUAGUGGUGGUGAUGGCGGCGGCACCAAACAGUUGACGGGUGGCGCCGUAUGGCGGAGAAGGCAGAGUAUUUUCGAGGCCGCAGCUGAAAAUUUAAGAUUUACAAAAGGUGGUCUUUUCAGCGAAACGGCGCUGGCAGAUUUGGAACACAUUAUCGGCUCUUCUUCAGGCCCUGCAUUAGAAAUUAAUGAGAUGCUGCAAUAA